AUGAAGCUCUUAACAGCAAACUUCAUCUCUUGCGCCGUCAAAGCCUGCAAAUCCUCCUCCCUCUCCUUUCCCCUCCACUUCAAGGAUGCCGAACUAGCCUCAAAAUCCGUUCCAUACAACCCUUUACUCCUUUCAAACCUUCUCCCACGCCUCGAUUGGCCAGCAUUAGUCACCAGCAGCAAAGAAUUGGGAUUCACAUUACCAGAUACUAAACCGGAAUUACCCCGUCUGUCUGCAACAGCAGCAGCAGCAGCAACAACAACGAGUGAUGGGGAUAUGAAUAUGGAUAGUGGUGUUGGAGAAGAAGAUGAGAAGACUUUGAGAAUGUUGCACAAGGUUUUGAUGGAGACUGAGGUUGUGGAAGGGAAGAUGUCUAAAAAUAACUUGUGA